GAGAGCUGCAGAAGGGCCUGUCGAGCCAACCACUGCGCUGAGAGACAGACAGAGAGAGAGAGAGAGAGAGAGAGAGAGACGGAGGAGGAAGAGGCAGCAUCAGGCAGACAGUAAGGAGAGUGUAAACCACUUGUCAUUUCAGUGGUUUAGUGGAGGACAAAAGUGUCAACAGAAAUCAUACCCUGUAAAAAAAAGUGAAAGGUGAGGCAUUAAGGAAAAAAAAGGAAGGAAGAAAAGAAGGUGAAAACGAGGGAGGAAGAGGAGGGAGGAGGAGUGAGGAGGGGCUCCUCGCGGCGUCUGAGUCUGCUUAAACGCAGCAAGAUUUUGUCUCUCUACCAUUCUGUUAUUCGAGCUCGGCUUCACCGCCUGCCCUCCAUCCUUUUAUUUUUCCACGGUCAAAGAGAGGAGGACGAGGCAGCUCUCCUCUCUUGUCUCAGUGGAGCCUCACAGCAAGGAGAUGAGAAGAGUGAGACACUGAGCAAGAAGAGGCAGAUCCACAGAGAGUGUUUUAUUCGUUCUUGGUUGCCUCUGUCGUUCCUUUGGGAGCGAGCGGCUUGAAGCUUCUGCUCAUGUCCGUCAACUCAGAAAAAUCCUCGUCCCCGGAAAGGCCUGAGACGCAGCAGAAAGUCCCAACCACUCCCCCUCCUCCCCCCCCUCCUCCACCACCACCACCACCCCAACCAGAGCCAGUAGCACCCCCGGAGCCAGAGGAAGAGAUUUUGGGCUCUGACGAUGAAGAACAAGAGGAUCCGGCAGACUACUGCAAAGGAGGAUACCAUCCAGUGAAGAUAGGAGAUCUUUUUAAUGGGAGGUACCACGUGAUCCGAAAGCUGGGAUGGGGUCACUUCUCUACUGUCUGGCUUUGUUGGGAUAUCCAAGGAAAGCGCUUUGUGGCAAUGAAGGUGGUGAAGAGCGCUCAGCACUAUACAGAGACGGCACUCGACGAGAUCAAGCUACUCCGAUGUGUACGUGAGAGUGACCCCGCUGACCCCAACAAAGAUAUGGUGGUUCAGCUCAUCGACGACUUCAAGAUCUCGGGGAUAAACGGAAUCCAUGUAUGUAUGGUGUUUGAAGUCCUCGGCCACCAUCUACUGAAAUGGAUCAUCAAGUCUAACUAUCAGGGUCUGCCUUUACCAUGCGUCAAGAGCAUCAUUAAACAGGUCUUGCAGGGUCUGGAUUACCUCCACACUAAGUGCAAGAUCAUUCACACAGACAUCAAGCCGGAGAACAUCUUAAUGUGUGUGGAUGACGCCUUUGUCAGGCGCAUGGCAGUUGAAGCCACAGAGUGGCAGAAAGCAGGAGCUCCUCCUCCUUCUGGAUCUGCAGUGAGCACAGCACCACAACUCAAACAGGUGGGGAAGAUCUCCAAAAACAAGAAGAAGAAGCUGAAGAAGAAGCAAAAGCGACAGGCAGAGCUGCUGGAGAAACGCAUGCUGGAGAUAGAGGCUUUAGAGAGGGAGGCUGAGAAAAAGAAAACCAAUGAGGGGCUAAACCCGCCUCCAGGACCCACACUGGCACUUGCUGAGAGUGAAGAUGAGGACGACGAAGAGGAGGACAUAGAGGACGAGGAGGAAGAAGAAGGAGAGAGGGAGCGGCCUGUUAGAUUAACCAACCACACAUGUGCAGCUCCUUCAGAACCAGAGCAGGAGGAUGAGGAGGACUGCGAUGUAUCUCCUAACACAGAUGUACCCAAUGAUGGAAAUCCCCCUCUGGCGACAAAGAUUAACACUCCACCACAUGAACCGAGCAACAACCCUGCAAAUGAGGAGGAAGAGGAGGAGGAACGAGAAGAAGAAAAUGAAGAAGAUAAGGUGGAGCAGGAAAGAGCACCAGAGCAGCAGGAAGCCAAGGAGUGUCAGGAGGAUGCAAAGGGAGCAGCAGACCUGCUUGAAGCCGUAUCUUGUGACAAGAAGCUGGAACAAAAGACAAAUGAGUGUGCAACGGAGGAGCAGCCUAAGCUGCCGAAAGAAGAAGAGGAAAGAAGAGAAGAGGAAAGCGAUGAGGAAGACGAAGACCAAGCUGAUGACGAAGAUGACGAUGAUGACGAUGAAGCCGAGGAUGAUGUCCAAGAGCUUAGGAAUUCCACAGAGAGACACAAUGACACUUUAAAAACCAACGGUCACGCAGUGGUGGAUACAUUACAUCUAUCAGAACUUGUGCCCGUGGUGCCCUCAUCCUCACCUCUGCUGUGCCCGCUGGUGGAGUCGGAGCUCAGUGCCACUGACCGGGACGCCUCUGAUGCCUCUUAUGAGCUAUUUAACGGACAGAUGGCGGCACUCAGUAAUGGCGCUCGACACAGAGCCACGGCACCACGCUUUCCCGAGCUCCCACUAGACCCCGAGGCCGAGGAAGAAGAAACAAACCUGAACCCUCAUGCUGAGCGCAGCCGCACUGUCUCAUCCUCCAGCACUGGAGACACUCCCAAAGCUAAAGCACGGGCAGCUGACCUACUGGUGAAUCCUCUGGACCCUCGCAAUGCUGAUGUUCUCCGAGUGAAAAU